GUUCAGAACUCGUAGCACGAGUGGUCAUCGCAGGUAGGUCAGUCGUAGACCUUCUCCGCACGUAGCGCUGCUCGUCGCCAUCAUCGACUAACUACCAUAGCACUUCUAGGUCGUGAUGCCCGUUGCUGUCAGUAACCAGAUCGCACCGCUAGACUGAGCAGCUUGCGGCUCUAAACAGUCAGAUCGCAUUUGCCUCUAGCUAUCCGUGCCAUGGCGAAGAAGCCGUCAUCAGAGUCCGGGUCGGACUCCAAGUCCAAGUCCAAGUCCAAGUCGCCCUCCUCGUCGUACUCCGGCUCCGCCUCUCGCUCACGCUCCUCCUCGCCCUCUCGAUCCGACUCCGACUCCUCCAGAAGCCGGAGCCCGCCGCCGAAGAAAGGCGCGAGGCCGACGACCGCGCAGAGCAAGAAGGAGAGCGGCGCCGCUGAUUCCAAGAAGCGAAGCCCGUCGCCCAAUGACAGGAAGCGGUCGGCGACGCCGGAGACGACAAUGCUGUACGUGGGGUGCCUCACGCGCAACGUCAACGAGGACCACCUCAAAGAGAUCUUCGGGCUGUACGGCGAGCUGAGUAAAGUGGAGAUCGCAAUGGACCGCGUCGUGAAUCUGCCCAAGGGCUACGGCUACGUGGAGUUCAAGAAGCGCGCCGAUGCAGAGAAGGCGCGCCUGCACAUGGAUGGGGCGCAGAUCGACGGCAGUGUGGUCAGCGCGCAGUUCGUGCUCGCGCCAAAGCCCGUGCGCAGGCCAGAGCCGCUCCCCCCGCCGCCUCCCCCUCGCCGCGCCGUAGACUCGCCCCCCCGCCGCCGCGGGGACGUGAGGGACCGCGACAGGCCGACCGACAGGGACAGGGCGGACAGGGGGAGGGAGGCGGAGCGGGAGAGAGAGGGCGAGCGGGGCAGGGAGGGGGAGCGGGGCGGCAGGGGGGUGUCACCGCGGCGGAGGUCCCCAGGGAGAGGGGGAGGCGCAAGGGGAAGGUCGCCGUCCCCGCCACGAGGGGGCAGGAGGCGCUCGCCCGUGCGAUCUCCCCCUCGCAGGCAGCGCAGUCCCUCUCCCCCCCGCCGCGUGAGAAGCCCUGCCAGGCGCCGCUCGCCCAUCCCGUACCGCGGCCAAAGAUCUCCACCUCCCCGCCGUCGUUCCUCCCCUGGCCGGCGUCCCUCCCCCCCUCGUCGCUCCCCCCCCGCCCGUCGCUCCAGCCCGGGCCCGAUGCGCCGCCGCUCGCGCUCCCCUCCCCCCCGACGCCAGCGCUCGCCCCCACCACCGCCCCCCCGCAGGCCCGACCGCUCUCCUCCCCCCAAGCGUGCGCGCUCAGAGUCGCCGUCCUCCUCCUCCGCCACCUCCUCGUCUGACGGCGACCGGCGCAGGAGGUCGCCUCCUCGCAAGCGGCCAGCCAAGAGCAGCCCCAGCAGGUCCAACAGCUCUCGCAGCUCAAGUGAUUCUGACUGAUUGACGGACUUCUUGUUAGGAUGAGUGGGGCUGAUGUCAUCAUUGCACUGCUCCCUGCCAUGCCAUGCCACAGUAUGCCAUGUGUCAGUGGUUGGUACUUAUGUGUCUACAUGUUUGUCAGGCCGUCAUGCAUGCAUGUGUUGCAUGUGUUGCAUCUCCAUUCCUCUGCACCAUGUGAAAGGCAGUGUCACAUGCAUUGUUUCUCUCACCCUUCGCAUUCCCGGUCUGGGUGUCAUCAUGCACCUGCAUAAACAUGCAAUCACGAGGCACAAGUCCUUUUCCCUCACGUUUCUCUGCUGCUCUGUCCAUCAUCACCCCCUGCACUUAUGGAUUGCCGUUGCCAUUUAUCUAUCCCUUCAAAUCCUGCAUCAUUCCCUGCAUUCGUCAAUUGACAACACCAGCUUGUAUCCUUGCUCCUACCACACUGCCCUGCAUGCCUAGACCAUGUCAAUCUGGCAUCCCUGCGCUAUUUGUGGUUGGCCUAGAUGUAGUUUUUGGAUUACACGUGACCUUGUUUAGUUCUGGGCUCCUUGUGUGGUCAUUGGCCAUUUGAAGCUUGAAGUAGGUUUGAUGGGCUAGCAUAUUAUGUAGUGUAGAUGCCCUUCAAUAUCGUAGUUGAAUCUACUUUCCAUCCUGAAGCCGUGAUUGCGCUUAUAUCGAAGCCUUUGCG